AAAACGGGAAUAUACAUUCCAACAUAACACUGUAGCCAAUAAGCAUACAAUAUUCCCUUUGUUUCACAUAUUUCGCAAAAACAACAUUACAAUGGAAAAUCUUGAAAAUAGCAAAGGCAGAUUGUUUACCUUUCGAAUAUACAUUACCCACAAUUCCUUGUAAUAAUUGCGCGAAAAUUUGUUUGGAGGGAACGACAGUUCAGAAAACACAACAAUGGCAUAUCCAACUUCAAUCCUGUUUUCUUCCCCUAAACGGGCAGAUCGCCUUGGAUCAACUGGGGAUAGUCUUCCCGGAAGUCCCCCGAUCCGAGAUAUCAUGAUGCUACCAUGGAAUUGGGCUGGAGGAGCGCAAAAAAUUCAACUCAGCCCAAGUGGAUCAUUGAGUUCAGUUGGCUCUCCAACAACACCAGUGGAGCUUCGGAGAGGACGGCCAAGAUCAGAGACUAUCAAGUCACUGAUUGUAGAGGGAUCUUCUUCGCCGAACGUUAUAAAGUGUCAAUUAUGUAACAGAGUUUUUCCGAGAGAGAAGUCUCUUCAAGCCCAUCUUCGGACACAUACAGGAGAACGACCAUACAAAUGUGAUUAUCCAGCAUGUGGGCGUGCCUUUUGUCAGAGUGGUCAACUGAAGACACAUCAAAGACUUCAUACAGGAGAAAAACCAUUUAUAUGUUCAGUUGAAGGUUGCACCAGUAAGUUUGCGCAUGCUAACAGACACUGUGCAUCUCAUCCAUUCAAGCCAUUAAAACGAGCAGAACAAAAUGAAAACCUCAUAUCAAAUAUACCUGUGAAUGCCAAGAAAGAAGAAGUCAUUCAAUGGCUAGAGAGGCAAGCUGAAAAAGAGAAAACUCCUUUAAAGGCUACGAGAGACAAACAUUUAAAGCCGAAACAAAGGCAACUAAAACGUGAGCUAGAUGCUGAGACAUUGAGUGUUGAGCACAAGACAAAGCGACAGGCCUUAGGCGAUGUGAACAUUCUAGAAGUUACGGAGCGUAGACUUAAUGAUGCAAAUGAUAAAUGGUUAGGGGCUAUGGCAUUAAUGGAACUUGCUGGAAACCCUUUGAAAUAAUCCACAGAUGUUCACAAGCUCCGGUGAUUUAAAUGGGCUUAAUCCGCAAAGAAUAACCUUAUAUAGUCAUUGAGUAUACAUAUACUUGCAUCACCACACAUACAUUCAUACUUUACAUUGUAAUCAUGUCUCAAAUCAUCUCUUGUAUCCUAUUGAAUAUGGACAAGAUUAUGUUCUCACAUUUUAGUCACUACUCAUCCCACAUUUAAUAUUUGUAAAUAUCAGUGAAUAUAUUGUAUAUACUUUUUGUAUGUAAUUUUAGUUGAUCAACAUGUAUUGCAUGUCCAUCAGUCUGUCAGUGCUUUACUCUUCUGCAUGUACAUGCCUUAUUUUAUUUCAUCUUGUAUUGCCAAGCAGUUAAGCCAAAAGAACAAACAUUUUAAAUGUUAAACAGUUAAAUGACAGCACAAAACAUCCAAUUUGUUAAGAAUUUUUUUUAUUAUUUGUGGUGUAGAGUGAAUGUAUACAGCAAUCGUACACAUUUGCUUACUAAUAUUGAGGCACUCAAUAUGUUGUUGUUUACAUUGUGCCUGUACCUUUUACUGGUGUGCUAUGCUAUUUAUGAAUUAACUUAACAAUUUUAAUCGGCCAUAUUCGAUGUAAUUUAUGCCAAAGACAAGUUUCAAAAUAUAUAUAUAUUUUCUAUAAAACCUUACUUUCAUUUAGUGUUCAUUAUUUACUACUUGAUUCAGAAACAUAAGGACAAAUCAUGAUUAGUUCAAUCAAUCGUUUCUCAGUUUCUAAAACUGAAAACAUCUAGAGAGGACCAACUUUUGUUUGACUUAUUUUAUCCAUUCAUAAAAAUGUGAUUCAGAACCUAUAUUAAAAUUAUAUUCUCAAAAGGAUCUAAAGGGAGUAUCGGAGUGUAUAAGGGAUUUAAGACCUACUGGUAAUUUUAAAUGCAUUUCCAUGGUGAGGUGACACAAUUGUUAUAUUUACGUUAUGGAGCAAAGAUCAAGACAACAACAACUUUAAAGGCCUACAUUUGAUUUCUUUUUUAUUAGACAUUCAACAUUAUUUAGUUCAUCUCCAGGACACAUAGUGACAACUUUACGUUUAAAGUUUUAUCAAGUUAAACUGCACUACCUCAUUUGAGUUUCAGUUUAAACAAGUUCUUUUGCAAAAAAAAUUUGAAGUGUUUUUUUCAGUAUCUCAACUUGGUGCAUGUCUACUCCUUUGGUCUCCAUUCUAUUUCCCAGUGUUAACUUAAUAACAUCGGUGUCAUUACAUGAUCCAUUGUAUUGUUUCUGAACUCUCUAGUUUACAAUGUACAGAUAUUAAAGAGUCUGGCGCCACUGAAGGUCAUAAUUCAUAGUCAUCAGGGUGAUACAGUUCACUUAAAAGCCUAUAUACAUAUGAUGGUGCAUUUCCGCCACUGAAAUAAAUAAAAAAAAGUAAAUAUAAAUUCAUGGAAAUACAACUAACUGAAUGGAUGGAUAACUAGAUGAUAAAACUGGCUUUUGUCUGAGCCAGAAUACUAUUUAUAAUAUGGAGACAUCUGACAAAAGUACCGUAAUUUCCAUUUAAGUGUAUUAAAAAAAUUAAUGGGUGAAUACACAGGCCACUGCACAUUAAAAGCAUGUAUAACUGCAUAUUAUG